AUGGCUUCAAUGGUAGAAUAUAAUCUUAUAGAUAAUUUUUAUGGUCAAUUUAAUUUUAUUUCAACUGAAAAAAAUGAAAAAUCAGAUUCUGGAAAUGUUUUAAAUCUCACAGUUACUAAAAGAACCGAUAAUGGUGAUGUUGUUAUUGGAAAAAAAUCUUUCUCUUGGCCUGAUUCUUCUACAGCUGAAGUAAUUACUUAUGAUAGCGAUAAUGAUAUAUUAAAAAUGGAAUCUUCAUCAUAUGUUGCUGAAUUGUCACUUAAAUUACCAAAAAGUUGUAUUAUUGUUGGAAAAAGAGACAAAGAACCUGUAAAAAUUUUUAAAGGAUUUGGUAAUAAAUCUAUUGAUACUUCUUCUACUCCAUUAAUUGUUAACAAAUUAAAAGAAAUUUUAAAUAAUGAAAAAAUAGUUAAUUGGAAUGAAUUAAAUGAAAUUUCUAAAACAUUCAUUAAGACAUCAACUCUUUUAAUUGAUCCUUUUACUACUAUGGAACAAGAUCUAUUAGUAGAUUUAAUUUUAAAUAACCAUAAAGAAUCAUCUCUUUUAUUAGAAGCUUUAUUACAUGGAAAAUUUUUUUCAAUGAAUAGUUCUUCAAAACUUUUAGAAAAAUUAAUAGAAAUUAAUGAUUUACAAACUCUUGAAUUAUUAAUAAAUGAUGGUUCUUUUCCUAUUACUGAUAUCAUAUUUACAAAACUUUUAAAAUGUGCUAUUGAUUCUAAAACAGACAAAGGAUUUAAUUUUUUUAAAAAAUUAUUAAACAGAGGAUUUGGAUCAAAUAUGUUAACUUUAGAAAUUGAAAAACAAUUAUCAGUUAAAGAUGCUUUAAAAUUACUUGAAUGGUUAAUUUGUAUGCCAUUAAAAGAAAAUAAAGAUGAUUCUUUUGGAAAUUUAGUUGAAUUUGCUAGUAUAUUAUUAGAUUCACAUUUUCAUAAAUUUGUAUGGGAUGAUACAUGUCAUGAUUUAUUAAGAAGAUUUUAUCUUUGGACACAAUCUUGGAUUACAUUAGCUGAAUCAUUUACAUCAUUUUCAGAAUCUACAGAAGUUAUGAAAGCAUUAUCUGUUCAAAUGGAAGAUCUUUUAAAUUAUAACAGUGGUUAUACAAUAUCUAAAGUAACUCUUUCCUGUACACCAUUAUAUUAA